AGAGGAAAAAACGCCAAGAAACCAUCUGUCGCUUUUGACCCCGGGAAGCAGCAGCAGCAGCAGCGGCGGCGGCGUAUCGGGGCGUAACGGAAUCGAGGUGUGUUGCCGCUAUAUAAAGAGGAAGAAAAUAGGCCCCAAACCAAACCACCAUACCCUACUACAAACCAUAGGCAUCGCCGGCAAGGGAGGUCGGAGGAAGAAGAAAGGGUCGUCGAGGUGUUCUUGAAUUCUGAAUUUCUGAUCAAGUCGAUCGUUCGCCGGCGACGGCAAAGGUGGUAACUGGUAGUACUAUAUAUGACGACGUCGAUGGAGAAGCCCCGGCAGGUGGUGCGGAAGUUCCUGGCGCGGCCGCAGCACGAGGGCGUCGGCGCCGUCGUUCGCCGGAGCAUCGGGAGGUUUGAGCUGAGGUACUUCGAUCCGUUCCUCGUCCUGGACGAGUUCUCAGUGUCUGCUCCGGCUGGGUUCCCUGACCAUCCACACAGAGGUUUCGAGACCGUCACUUACAUGCUCGAGGGAGCCGUGACGCACGAGGACUUCGAGGGCCACCGUGGCACGAUCAAGGCCGGCGACGUGCAGUGGAUGACGGCCGGACGCGGCAUCGUGCACUCGGAGAUGCCGGCGGGGCCCGGCACCUCCAGGGGCCUCCAGCUCUGGGUCAACCUCUCCUCCCACAACAAGAUGAUCGAGCCGGGGUACCAGGAGAUACAGAGCAAGGACAUCGCGAGCACGACGUCGGACGGCGUGACGGUGCGGGUGAUCGCCGGGCAGUCGAUGGGCGCCCGGUCGCCGGUGCGCACGCGGACGCCGACCAUGUACCUGGACUUCACGGUCCGCCCCCACGCGGCGGCGCGGCAGCCGGUGUGCGCGACGUGGAACGCGUUCGCGUACGUGCUGGAGGGGGAGGGCGUGUUCGGCGGCGGCGGCGGCGACAAGGCCGGGGCGCACCACCUGCUGCUGCUCGGCCAGGGCGACGGCGUCGAGGUGUGGAACAGGUCGGACAAGCCGCUCCGGUUCCUGCUCAUCGCCGGCGAGCCCAUCGGCGAGCCCGUGGCGCAGCUGGGGCCCUUCGUCAUGAACACCGAGGAGGAGAUCGACAUGACCAUCAACGACUUCGAGUUCAGCAUCAAUGGCUUCGAGAAGGCCAAGCACUGGAAGUCUCAGGCGCUGGUGGCGCUGGGCUUAGAGUAGUAGGGUGCAACCAUGGGACGACACGACAUGUCGACAUAUGCUCUGAACGAAGGGAAAAAAAAUGGAAUAGUUCUUUCUCUCAUGAUACGAGGUUGUUUUAUUUAUUUGUUUUUUUUCUCUUCCAAACAAAUAGCGAUCACUUUGUGUACAUAUCCGGCAUAAGGUUGCUGCUUGCUUUUCAAUUAGGCAGGUGCUUCAAAUCUUCGGCCCAAUGACUAAAAAUCAUGUACUUACUCCACAAGUUCAUAAACAAGUCCUUUUGGACUUUCACUGUGUCUAA